GAGCUCGUGAUGAAUGAAGCCCACCCAGCCAUGGCGGCUUUAGUUUUCAUAAGACAGCUCUCCUCGGUCAAGGCAGCUUACAGGAAGCGGAAUGGUACGCGACCUUGGUGUCGGGUGUAGUUUUCCCUACACGGAACGCGGCACGUGCGGUUCCAGUCGCGGUCCUUGUAGGACUCACUCCGCGCGUAGCCGAGCUAGCUGGCCAGCCAAACAAGGCUGAAGAGGCCUCUGGUGCCCAGCCGGAGUGCUUGUAGACGGGGAGACGGAGUGAGACCUCACACGGAGAGGACAACAUGCCUGCGGUCUCGAAAGGGGACGGAAUGCGCGGCCUGGCCGUGUUCAUCUCCGACAUCAGGAACUGCAAAAGUAAAGAGGCAGAAAUUAAGAGGGUCAACAAAGAACUGGCUAACAUCCGCUCCAAGUUCAAAGGUGACAAGGCUCUGGAUGGCUACAGUAAGAAGAAGUACGUCUGCAAGCUGCUCUUCAUCUUUCUUCUGGGCCACGAUAUCGACUUUGGACACAUGGAGGCCGUCAACCUGCUCAGCUCCAACAAAUACACAGAGAAACAAAUUGGUUACUUGUUCAUCUCAGUGCUGGUGAACUCAAACAGCGACCUCAUCCGCCUCAUCAACAACGGCAUCAAGAACGACCUGGUCAGCCGCAACCCCACCUUCAUGAACCUCUCCCUGCACUGCAUCGCCAACGUGGGCAGCAGAGAAAUGGCCGAGGCCUUCGCUUCCGAAAUCCCCCGCAUCUUAGUGGCAGGGGACACCAUGGACAGCGUCAAACAGAGUGCGGCGCUCUGUCUCCUCCGUCUCAACAGGACGUCACCUGACCUGGUGCCCAUGGGCGAGUGGACUUCCCGAGUGGUGCAUCUGCUAAAUGAUCAGCACCUGGGCGUGGUCACAGCAGCCACCAGCCUCAUCACCACGCUGGCCCAGAAGAGUCCAGAUGACUUCAAAACCUCCGUGUCACUGGCCGUGGCCCGACUCAGCAGGAUCGUUACGUCAGCAUCCAUCGACCUUCAGGACUACACGUACUACUUUGUAGCAGCACCUUGGCUCUCUGUCAAACUACUACGACUACUGCAGUGCUACCCUCCACCUGAGGACGGGGCGCUGCGGAGUCGUCUGACGGAAUGUCUGGAGACCAUCCUGAACAAAGCGCAGGAGCCCCCCAAGUCCAAGAAGGUCCAACACUCCAAUGCAAAGAAUGCGGUUCUGUUUGAAGCAAUCUCACUCAUCAUCCACCAUGACAGUGAGCCCACCCUGUUGGUGCGAGCGUGCAACCAGCUGGGCCAGUUCCUGCAGCACAGGGAGACCAACUUGCGGUAUUUGGCCCUGGAGAGCAUGUGCACACUUGCCAGCUCCGAGUUUUCCCACGAGGCUGUGAAGACGCACAUGGAAACUGUCAUUAACGCACUGAAGACUGAGCGAGACGUGAGCGUCCGCCAGCGGGCGGUGGACCUUCUCUAUGCCAUGUGUGACCGCAGCAAUGCUAAGCAGAUUGUGGCGGAGAUGCUGAGCUACCUGGAGACCGCUGACUACUCCAUCAGAGAGGAGAUAGUGCUGAAGGUGGCCAUCCUGGCGGAGAAGUACGCCGUGGACUACACCUGGUACGUAGACAGCAUCCUCAACCUCAUCCGCAUCGCAGGAGACUACGUCAGCGAGGAGGUGUGGCACCGCGUCAUCCAGAUCGUAAUAAACCGAGACGACGUACAAGGCUACGCCGCCAAGACCGUGUUUGAGGCUCUUCAAAGACCUGCCUGCCACGAGAACCUGGUCAAAGUGGGAGGUUACAUCCUGGGAGAGUUUGGGAACCUGAUUGCUGGUGACCCACGCUCGAGCCCCCUGGUCCAGUUCAACCUCCUGCACUCGAAGUUCCACCUGUGCUCGGUGCCCACUCGGGCGCUGCUGCUGUCCGCCUACAUCAAGUUCAUCAACCUGUUCCCUGAGGUGAAGCCCACCAUCCAGGACGUGCUGCGCUCAGACAGCCAGCUUCGCAACGCUGAUGUGGAACUUCAGCAGAGAGCCGUGGAGUACCUGAGGCUCAGCUGCAUCGCCACCACCGACAUCCUGGCCACUGUCUUGGAGGAGAUGCCUCCGUUCCCCGAGAGAGAAUCAUCCAUCCUGGCCAAGCUGAAGAGAAAGAAGGGGCCGGGUAACCUGCCCGACAUCGACGACACCCGCCGCAACAUGAAUGGCGGUGCGGAGCACAGCAUCGCUGGCGACGCCACUGGCACCACCAGCACGUCUUCUCCUGCAAUGAUGACGGAGUUUCCCGCCAACAGGCCCCGCUCUGCCCCUUCUUGUUCUAUCAUGCUCUCUGCUGGCACGAUGAACUCCACCCACCCCUUCAACGACUUGCUGAACCUAAACUCCGAUGCCGGUUCGAGGCUACUGGUGGACGUCUUCUCCGACAUCACGCCUCCACCCACUGCCACCGUUGCCGCCACCGUGUCUGAUGAAGGUUUUAGCAGGUUUGUGUGUAAGAACAACGGCGUUCUCUAUGAGAAUCAUCUUCUGCAGAUUGGCCUCAAGUCCGAGUAUCGGCAGAACCUGGGCAAGCAGGAAGGAGAGACGAUGCUGAGAGAUGUGUGUGUUCUGAGCUGCUGUCUGGUGGCCGCGUUCAAUAAAUAAAGUUGGCAGAAGCAACAGGAGAAGUUUCCUUCUUUGCUUCGGAGCUGAAUAACACUGACAAGUUAACAGACUAGUAGUGAACAGAAAAGCUUUUUUUUUGUCGAAUACAGAAGAUGAGGACUUUGAUGGAUUUGUGGAUGAGGAUUGAUCAAAAAUAACCUGAGUACAUUCUAAAAUACUUCAAUUAAGUACAACCCAACUCAGUUUUGCUCCCGCUGCCGCAUGCAUGCUAGCGUAUGUUUUUUUUUUUUAUUGUAGCGUCGCUGGGAGCACGUCCUGUUCCCAGCCUACUUUGCGGUAAUGUUUUGGUGCAAAUGCUCUUAAAGUUACAUGUUUGACCAGGAAAUAGCAAGCUCAAAAGAAGACAGCUUUUUUAUGUGGAACAACUGACAGUUUGUGUGGAUCUUGUGAAUGAUUGUGACUGAGCUAGGACUCAGUAAUUAAAGUCUACACACGACGGCUUCAUUGAUUGAAAAACCAAACUUUUUCGUGCAUGAAGCUUCUACUUGAGUUGGUAAUUUGGCCGCUAUAUGCAGUCAGAUAUUGACCAAGGGAGACAAAAUGGGUGGCCGCGUUGGACAGGUGACUGCUAUACACAGGGUCUAUAACAUGUACAUUUGCUGCAGGGGAUUUUUCGGUGGCCGUUCUAUAAAGGUGGCCGCUAAGAUAGGUUUGACUGUAUUUCAACUUUUCUUCCUGUAAAUGAUCUUUUUGUAAUUCUGACUUAAUUCCCAUAAUAUUUUGACAGUAUUUGCAUAACAUUGUAACUUUUUCUGCAACCAAUUUUUUUUUUUAAUGACAACUUUGUUAUUUUGUUUGUUUCUCAUAAUAUUACAACUUUAAAAUUUUUUUUUUUUUAAUAUUUCAGUUUUGUCACACAAAGGAUGUUACUUUUACUCAUAAUGUUACGGCAUUAUUCUAAAAAAAAAUCCUUGAUAUUGUGACUAUUCUUAUAAAGUAACUGCUCACUUUUUGGGCUUUUUGUUUAGUUUUAGUUUUUGUUAAAUCAUAUUGUUAGAAUGUGCUGCAAGCCAAUAAAACAGCCGCGGGCUGCACUUUACGACCUGCUUUUUUAUAAGUCACAUUAGUCACGAAAUGUGUUCUGAAGAGGGAGAAAAAACCCUAUAAGUGGCAUUUAGCGUGAUGGCGCUAACAUCAGGGCUAGUGUCAUGGCGCUGCUCCUAACAACAUUACAUUCACAAGAGAAGAAGACAGAAGAGGAGAUGCCUCCGUUCCCCGAGGUGUAUCAAACAGCAACAGCAAAACUUCAUUUUUGUACUCACAAAUGAAUGAAAAUAGACACGUGUGUAUUUAGUUAGAGGCUGACGCAGCAGCUACAAUCUCCAAGCUAGACAUAAUUAGUGUCCUAAUGAAACAACACUGCUGUCUACAAUAAUAACAAUUGUUGCACAUGACUUCCAGACACAUUGUGUCCAAGGCAGAAGUGUAUUGUGUUACGAAAAGCAUCCAUUUUGCUUUGUGUCAUUUAAUGUGUGUGCCUAACUGCAUCACAAGCUCAACUCUGUGAAUUAUUGCGGCCACUAGGUGUCGCCAAAACCAACCACCAGCCACUUGAACGUAAAGGCAGCACAUGUUGAGUUACAUACAGUUGAAUGAUUCAUACCCUUGCUAAUUCUUGUGAUUUUUUUCAUUUAGUGAUAAAAUGCUAUCAAGUCUGUGAAUCAGUUAUAGGUGAAUAACAAUUGAAAUAAUGACAACAAUACAAAAUUCAAAGAAAUCUCCAUGUCAGGGGUAUUUUAUUGAUAGAUUCCCAAAACAUGCCAUGUUCAACAUGAUUCAUACCCUCGUCCAUUGUCUUCCUUCAAUAGUCAAUAGCAUAGCCUUUGUUCUUUAUCACUGCUUCGAGACGAUUCUUGUUUGUGUCCACAAGCUUCCUGCAUGUCUCCUGUGGGAUUUUGGCCCAUUCUUCCUUGACAAAAGCCUCAAGCUGGGUCAGGUUGGUCAGUUUCCGAGCCAUCACUCUGGCCGUCAAGUGAUGCCACAAGUUUUAGAUGGGAUUUAGGUCAGGACCUUGACUUGGCCAUUCCAGGAUGUUGACAUCAUUGUCCCUGAACCAUUUCUUCACGACCUUAGCGGUGUGUUUAGGGUCAUUGUCUUGCUGGUACAUCCAGUUGUGGCCAAGCUGGAGUUUCUCAGCACAUUGCUUCACAUUUUCAUCAAGGCUCCUGAUGUAUUCCUCCUUUUUCAUGAUUCCUUGGACCUUGAUGAGAUUCCCUGUGCCACUGGAGAAAAAACAUCCCCACGGCAUUAUGUUUCCACCACCAUACUUGACAGUGGGCACCGUGUUCUUUGGCCUGUAGGAUUAUUAUUAUUAUCAUUAUAUAAAUAUUGAGCAUCCAUAUGGCCAAAUAACGCAAACUUUAUCUCAUCAGACCACACAGUAGUUGACCAAAAGCUGUGAUCUUGCUUCAGAUGACGUCUAGAAAAGGCCAGGCGAGCUUCCAGAUGUUUCUUCUUGAGCUGUGGCGUCUUCCAAGGUCUACGUCCAUGAAGACCUCCUAGGUGCAGGACUUGCUCGAUGGUGGACUGUGACACCUUUGUCCCUCCCUGGUCUAGUGUUUUAAUUAGGGCCUUGGUUGUGGUCUGUGGGUUCUUGUUGGCUCUCAGCAGAUGUUCUGGCAAGUUUGGGCAACACCUUACGCUUCCUGCCAUGCCCACUGAAGUUAUUAGCAGUGUUGAACCUCUUGUGCUUGUUGAUGAUGUUCUGAACGCUUGCCACAGGGACAUCAUACUGCUUGGAAAUGACCUUGUAACCCUUUCCUUCACAAUGCACUCCUGUUGUC